AUGAAGGACAUCAAAAAAUACAGCGGAGGUCGUCUCCUGGUUGACUUUUUACAUAUCAAAACAGUUAGCAAAAUCACUAACAAGAGGCUAACAGGAUAUACGCGGAGAGAUGAAAACACUGUUCCCAGUGUGUGUCCUCCACUGGUGUAUGAUUGUGAGUGUUGUGUGUGUUGGUCGGAGAGGCCGUAGGCAAAAACUGGCAGCCACGUUUCCGUCAGUCUGCCCCAGGGCAGCCGUGACUACUAAGGUAUUUUACCACCAUCAGGGUGUGACUGUGUGAGCUAAUGAACGAUGUAUCCAUUGUAAAGCGCUUUGAGAUCACUGACAAAAAGUGCUAUAAAUAUCUGAUGCAUUUUUUAAAUUAUUAUUUCUGCAGAAUCUUUAGUCCAGUUUCAGUCUGAUUGAGCUGUAUACUGGAAGAAAAGCUGAUCCCAAACUGCUUUAUCCAGAUAUGUAAGUCCAACUGUUGCCUCUUCCACAUUGCCAUUCUGCAACAGCGCUUGAAUAAAGCUCUGCCAAGGUGUAAUAUUGAUGUCCCAAACCCAGUGUGCCAUCCCGUUACCUCAUAGCCAGACUGAAAGAGCGUUAAAAUGUUCUUCUAUCCAAAGCAUUUCAGCUAAAUGCUUUAAAAACAUCCAUGAUUUUUUUAAAAACUAUUAACCACACGUGCCCAAAUGUGUUUUCCAAGAUGGCAGCAGUUUUGAAAAGCCUAAACUUCUUCUUAUUAUUAUUGACACAUUAUUGGAAAGGCCAGGAUGUCCUGUACAUGGUACAAAGAAUUUAGAAAUAUGCUUUUUGCAAACUUAUAUCUAUCACAGAGAACAAAGAUGAAUAAGUUCAGAAGGAUAAAGAAGUGGUCUGUCUGUAUGCAGAUGAUCUCAAUUGCUUUUGUGGCCCAUGAAGAACAUUUAAGAUUAAACUUCGGCCUAUUUUUUAUCCUGUUAGAAAUCCCCCACAACAGCUUUAAAUUGACUGUUUCAAUCCACACAAUACACACAGAAGAGAGGAACUUGUGCAAUAACCCAGGUGUAGGUUACAGUAUAACUGAAAACUGAUGUUAAGAAGAUAAAACCCAACUUUUACAACAAAAGUUUCCCCUCAUGUCAUCUCAGACAAAGAGGGAGCAGAGAAAACAACAGAAGAUUGAUGGCACAAUAACGUCCGGCAGCUCAAAGAAAACAUCAUCGCCACAGAGCGUGUAACGCGAGAGACAAAUACCCUGACAGGGUAAAAGGUCAGAGGUUGUACUGUGUCACAUCAGAUGCAGAAGUAUGCAGACGCUAAACUGCGCAGCGUACGCUACAGACACAAUAGAUAGAGAACAAACUUUUUACGUUUUCAACUCAGAGCAAUCAUGUGAAUUGUCUCAGAACAAGAGGAGAGGAUGACAACAUUGGUGCAGCCUUUAAAAAAACCACUCUCAGUCAGUCACUCACUCUCACUGCUGGCUUUGUUGAUGUGUCUGACAUCAAACCGAGCGCAUGUGUUUUCUUUUUGAGUAAUGCUUGUGAUGACACAUGUCUAAACUAGUUUUGAUUGAAAUCAGAGUGAUCUACACUUGGAAUAAACUUCAGUGAAAUCAGGAAACUAAAUCAUUGUUCUUAUAUUGUGUUAUAUUAUAGACCAAAAGUCUAAAAACUGUGUCCAGACUGAGAGAUAUAAGCUCUCAAACGAUUUCUGACACACAAAAGUCUGAGGAAGAACUCAAGGUGAGACAUAUCACACAGUUGAUCUUGAUACUGUGUUGACAAUACAGCAGCUAAUUCUGACUGAAAACAGACAUCAGAUAGUGUGGUUUCACGUUUUUAUUCAUAUUAGCAGAAAAUACACCCACACAAGGUUAAUAGAGUAUUAGUAUUAGUGGUAAUAAUCUCGCUUCUAUCAGUGUGACGGUUACAUUAGUGACUGCUCAGUGUGGGGUUGGUGCCAGUGAAGCCGGAGGAGUCAGCAUGACCACGGCCGUGUUUAUCAUACCUACACUCAUGGAUUUACAAAUGAAGCAUGAAGUCCCAGAGGAACACUAUCAAGCUCCCCUCGCUGGAAAAUGUCAGGCAGCACCACGGAGAACAACAAAUAAACAGCCGCAGAGCAAACAGCAAGUCUUGCUCAGGAGCCGGACUAAAUGUGUCCAAGUCAUUAGUACUUGAUGGGGACUGGCCACCCAGUCUGACUCCCGUCUACGCUUCUCACACAGCACACUGACCAGCCCACUGUACUGGAGAGACUGGAAACAACCCCAGAGAGCAUAUAUAUUUAUUUAAUAGUGAUAUUUUUCUCUUGGAUUUUAGAUGUUUUGUAUCUUUUUAGAGAGCAUUUACCUUCAAACAUGUUUCAUUAACUUAAUCGGCAUGUUUUUUUUUAGUUGUUGAGAUAAAAGUGCAUUAUUCAAACAUAUAAAAGUGCAGUCAUGAUGUUAAGAUUGUAACAUUCAGUUUAAAGUGACUGACAUUUGGAGUGGAGUCGUCUGCUCUGGGCACGCCUCCCUAACUCGCUGAUGCACUUUGAGUUGGCCCGCCCCUGCUCUUGUAUAAAUCCAGACAGAGUGAGUGUGUGAGGACACACACACACUCUGCCUCAGCCUCUAUCAACAACACCUCUUCUUCUGUUUUGUGGAUUACUGGAUGGAAAAUGUCCGACACAGUCAAACCUCUGACUUCCUUCUUCAUAGACGACAUCCUCUCUGUUAAGGACAGCACCAGAUUAAACAGCAAAAGCUCCUCACAGAAGACGGACAGAUGGAAAGAGGAGUCUGAAAUGUUGUCGGAGCAGCUGUGUCCUCCAGAGGCGGCAUUCAGGGUGCAGACAGGUGAGCUCCUAACCCACUACACUCUGUUUGACCUUGACUUUUCAGAGGGAAGUUUUAUUUGCUAGUUCAAACUUUGUUUAAUACAGAAAUGUUCUACAGCAGUGUGUCAAACAAGUUUAAGGAGAACUUAAUGGUGAUAGUUAGCGGCCUUGUAUACAACCCAAAGAUCUGAUCCUGUCUGUCCUCCACAGAGUCCUCUCGUCCCAGCUCUUCAGACUCCGGCAGCUUUUCCUCUUCAGGGAAACAGAAACGCUCCAGAGCCGCAUUCACGCAUCUCCAAGUGCUGGAACUGGAGAAGAAGUUUAGCCACCAGAAAUACCUCUCUGCUCCAGAGAGGGCUCACCUGGCCACCACCUUAAGACUGACAGAGACUCAGGUGAAGAUCUGGUUUCAGAACCGCAGGUACAAGACGAAACGAAAGCAGCAAAGCUCUGAAUUCUGUAAGGACGUGUACAAAGCAGAGGGACUGAGUCUGAGGGAGGAUUUGGUCCGAUCGUCGCUGAUCACCUCUCUCUGUAAAGCUUAUCAAUACAGACCCUACCUUUGGGACUACGGUGGCCCCUGGGGACCAACAUUAUGGUGA